GGAGGCUGCGGCUUUGGGCGCGCACAUCGGCCGCGGCUCCCCCGCACCUGCGGCCAUGGACGAGGAGCGCGCCCUCCACAUCGUCCGCGCGGGCGAAGCGGGGGCUAUCGAGCGGGUCCUGAGAGAUUACAGCGACAAGCAUAGGGCUACUUUCAAAUUUGAAACAACAGAUGAAGAUAAAAGAAAGAAACUCUGUGAAGGCAUAUUUAAAGUCCUUGUAAAGGAUGUCCCAACAACAUGUCAAGUGUCCUGCCUGGAAGUCCUCCGCAUUCUCUCCAGAGACAAAAAGAUUUUAGUUCCUGUAACAACUAAAGAAAAUAUGCAGAUACUGCUAAGACUAGCCAAGCUAAAUGAGUCGGAUGAUUCCCUGGAGAAGGUGUCAGAGUUCCCGGUUAUUGUGGAGUCAUUAAAAUGUCUGUGUAACAUAGUGUUCAACAGUCAGAUGGCACAGCAGCUCAGCCUGGAACUUAAUCUUGCUGCAAAGCUCUGUAACCUACUGAGAAAGUGCAAGGACCGGAAAUUUAUCAAUGACAUCAAGUGCUUUGACUUGCGUUUGCUCUUCCUCUUGUCACUUUUGCACACCGACAUCAGGUCACAAUUACGCUAUGAGCUCCAGGGACUACCGCUGCUAACCCAGAUCUUGGAAAGUGCCUUUAGCAUCAAGUGGACCGAUGAGUAUGAAUCGGCCAUAGACCAUAAUGGACCUCCUCUCUCACCUCAGGAGACAGACUGUGCCAUCGAGGCCCUCAAAGCUCUCUUCAAUGUGACAGUAGACAGUUGGAAGGUGCAUAAAGAGAGCGAUUCUCAUCAGUUCCGUGUCAUGGCAGCUGUCCUUCGCCAUUGUUUACUAAUCGUAGGUCCAACUGAAGACAAAACAGAAGAACUUCACAGUAAUGCAGUCAACCUUUUAAGCAAUGUUCCGGUCUCUUGUUUGGAUGUUCUCAUUUGUCCAUUAACCCAUGAAGAAACAGCCCAAGAGGCAACAACCCUAGAUGAUCUGCCCGGUGAUCAGACAGCUGAGAAAGAAACAGUUUUGAAAAACAAUACCAUGGUAUACAAUGGAAUGAAUAUGGAGGCCAUUCAUGUUUUACUCAAUUUUAUGGAGAAGAGAAUUGACAAGGGAAGCAGCUAUAGAGAGGGCCUAACUCCAGUUCUCAGCUUAUUAACAGAAUGUUCCCGAGCCCAUCGAAACAUCAGAAAAUUUCUCAAAGAUCAGGUUUUACCACCAUUGAGGGAUGUGACAAAUCGACCUGAAGUUGGCUCAACUGUGAGAAAUAAGCUGGUGCGCCUCAUGACUCAUGUUGACCUUGGAGUCAAGCAAAUUGCUGCUGAAUUCCUUUUUGUCCUUUGCAAAGAGAGAGUGGAUAGCCUGCUGAAAUACACUGGCUAUGGGAAUGCUGCAGGACUGUUGGCGGCCAGGGGCCUCUUGGCUGGAGGAAGAGGAGAUAAUUGGUACUCAGAGGACGAGGACACAGACACUGAAGAAUACAAAAAUGCAAAACCAAACAUUAAUCUUAUCACUGGUCAUUUAGAGGAACCAAUGCCAAACCCUAUAGAUGAAAUGACAGAAGAACAAAAAGAAUAUGAAGCCAUGAAACUUGUCAACAUGCUUGAUAAACUUUCCAGAGAGGAGUUGCUUAAACCAAUGGGACUAAAACCUGAUGGGACAAUAACGCCUUUGGAGGAAGCACUCAACCAGUACUCUGUCAUCGAAGAGACCAGCUCCGACACAGACUAAAGAAGCAUCACCUGCUCAACUCUCCAUAUUGCUUUUAUCAGCAUCUUUUCUCUGCAGCUCCAGGGGAAUCUUUCUGGAAAACAUUUAUGCCCUUGCUUUGGCUAGAAACACAUUAACUGGUUUACUCAUUGAGAAUCCAGCAUAUUUAAGAGGUGAUCCUGUGUUUUCUGCACCAUCGAGGCAUUCAUACAGAGCUGCAGUUAGGCAGAGCCGCAGGGGCUAGACCCAGGCGUAGAGGAGCCGGGCGGAACGCAGGACGUCCCUCUGUAAAGCAGCCCUGGUUGGAGCUGGCACUUGUGUUGCCAGGAUUCUUAGUUGAAGAUUUAGCCACGUCCUUCCUCAACUUGCAUAAGCUCCGCUCUGAGUCUCCAGCAGCCAGAGGCGCACGAGCUGGGGGAGCUGGCAAACCAGGGCUGAGGCAAGUGACUCUGGAGACCAGCGCUGACGGGAUGGAAGCCAGCUGCUGCUCUGUAACUUAGCCCACACUUCAUUUCAAUUUUAUACGAAUGUGGAAGCACACACCCAAACACACACAGCCCCCCCACCCCCAGACUUACAAACGGAUCACACUCGUUUGUACGUCACUUAGCUAAAACUUCAGAACACACUUCUCCCUGUGAGGAGUUUUAACGAUGGUUUCGUUCCAGGCAGCUACACAUGCCUAUUUAUUCCUCACGUUCCUCAACACUACUACCGUAGAACUGGACCACCAUCUGCACCAUGGCACUGAGCGUGCGUUCUGAGGUCUCUCGCGGUGCCUAGCACACUCAUCCUCCAGCCCAGCAGAGAGGGUGGGACCCCCUGAGAGUGGGAGUUCUGUGGCCUGUGCCAGGAAUAAGGGGCCAGCACCUACUUGUACAUAAACGUCAUUCAUGUGCCACAUGUUUUAAACAGGGGCCGAUGUGUGUGCUUGUGUGUGUGGAUUCUACCCUUCUGUCAGAUGGACUCAGUUUAAUAGCAACUUUAUUUAUUUAAUUAAGAAAAAAAGAAACACAGAUUGUUACUAUUAAACUGAUUAAGGCUGUUCCCUUUAACUCUUAGGACUGGUCAUGUGAAGAAGUAGAAAUGCAAUCACACGUCCACAGUGGCCCAGUUGAUCAGUGGCUAAAGUUGAAGAGGGGUUGGUUUCUUUUUAUACGUACGUAUGUAUGUGUAUCUACCCAUACACAUGCAUACACACCCACACAGACCAUGUGCUUAACCACUGCCUUUUAAAACAUUAAAUUAAAUAAAACAUUGGGGUUGAUUGAAUUUAGCCAUCUGUGUUUUUCUUUGUGGAUAUAUGGGUUAAACAACACAAGCUUUUUAAAAGUGCUUCUUCAGCCAUUAUCUCACCUGUCAUCAAAAUAGCCUUUUUAAGGACAGACACAGCAUGCAUCAUGUUAGUGAAAAUGACAUUUAUUCAGCAUUACUUCUCUGGCAAAGCCACAGACUGGGAAUUGAGCCUUAAAAGUUUCUCACAGCUUCAUUUUAUAGGUGAGAUCUUCAAGAAUGUCACUCUUCUCCUCUUUGCUGAAAUUUGCAUACAUUUUUAACAUGUUUGUUUAGUUAUAUGGCUUUCAAACCCCAGCCACCCCCCAAAGAUAAAGAAGAGCCGUUUGCUGGAUUGAAGGUGGCGGCAGCGUAGUGAGAGCAGCAGGAGGCGGGCUGGGAGCCUACAUCAGCCACGUGCGCACAGAGGUCCUUCGUACGUCACAGGCUUUAAAUGGGGCUCAGUGUGCACCAGGGUGAGAUGAAUGAAAACACCGCGUAAGGCAGAGCAAACCUGCGUCCACCCAGGUAGUGUAUGUGGGGUAGCAUGGGCCGCAGCCUGAUGUUCACAGGAGUGAUUGGAGCUUCUUUAAAGGAAUAAGCUCAGCAUACUGGAUAAUAAACUAGAAAGGAUUGAGUACAUUUUAGGAUUUUCAUCCAAAAUUGUUGAAGGAGAGCUGGUUGUGAUCCACGUUUUAACCAACAGCAAAUAAAAUUUCUUUUUUCAUUUGGCAAUUCAUAAUUUCAGAUUGUAAUUUUAGAGCAGUAUUUUUGUUAUUUAAUUCUUCAAAUAUAUUUUAAAGUGUUUUUAUAAUUUUUGUAGUCAGCUUUGGCAUGAGUGCCAGCCUACAAAAAUGGAGAUGUAUCUAAUUAAGGACCAUGUCUCUGCAGAGUAAGUGUUUGAACAGGUCUGCUUUAGUAGCUGUGUUCCUCAGCUUCCAGUGGGUUCCGUUUCAUUGUGCAUUACUCUGUGGUGGGCACUUAAUUUGUUUUGUUUUGUUUUGUUUUUGCUCAAGAGAGCAAAAUGUGCAAAGGGAGAAAAUGAGAGUGGCCUCGCCCUGCACACAGAAACAGAACGCUCAGCACCGGGCUCUGUAUCUUCUGUAACUCCCUGUCUCGUGAGAGAGCCUCUCCAGAGAAUCUCCCCUCAGUCCACCAGCCUGGCAGCCAGGGAGACUCCAACUCUGAGGCCUGACUCCCACUACCACUCCUCCUUCCCCUGCCAGGCUGAGUGCUCAGACCACAAACCCACGGGCUUAGGGAUGUGGACAGCAGCGUAGGCUAGUGAGGGGGUCAUGCUCAAGCCAUUUUAAGCAAUAACAUUUGGGCAGAAUCAGUCUCAGGCCCUUUUCCAGCAGGCAAGUGCCUGCAGUGGAAGUGCUCUAGACAUCAGAUGAAGUCUGACAUCCCUUAGGAUAGGUCAGAGGCCAGUGGUGCAGGCUGUCCAUCCUGGGGUGCUGGUGGCAGGGCCCAUGGUGAUCGGAAUUCACUGGCCACUGCACUUUGCAAUCCCUCUGCCAUACCACUGACUUUGGGAAUGGAAGCGUGUGUCCUAAAACCCAGCAUUUGAGCAGCUGCUGUAGAGGACCCAUCUCCAGAUGUUGUGACCCUUUCAACUCCCUGGUGGUCCUGCACCUAGGGCAGAUGUUACUGUCCCUUCUUUAUAAACGAAGAUACAGGUUGAAACCAUACCAGUGACUAAACACCUUAGUGCCACAUCUGUCUUGCUGCCUCCUUUUACUAGGUGUCAGUUGCAUUGACUUCCUUUUUUCCAGUGACAAUAAAAUCUUAUAUGUUCCUUGUAGAAAGUUUGGGGAAAAAUGCAGAAGACAGUAAAAAUUAAAUAAUUUACCUGGAGUCCCACCACCCUGAGAUAAUCACUGUUAAAUGUUGUAGUGUAUUUCCUUCCUGUAUGUUUUCUAUGCAUAUAUAAUUUAUUUUACUACACGAUGGGAUCAUGCUGUAUUUACAGAUCUGUAUCCUGCUUCCUAAACAUGUUGUGAGCAUUUUCCCAUGUCAAUAAAUAUUCUUCAAAGUUAA